AUGCUGAGCUAUGUGAAGUUCCUCAAAGAUAUACUCGCCAAUAAGAGGAAGAUCGGGGAAAAUGAAAUCGUUGAACUAACAUACGAGUGUAGUGCACUCUUCCAGAACAAUAUCCUCAAGAAAAUAAAAGAUCCGAGAAGCUUCACAUUGUCGUGCUCAAUUAAGGGGAAAGAAGUCAGAAACGCGCUAUGUGACUUAGGGGCCAGUAUCAACCUGAUGCCUUUAUCAAUCUUUAAGAAGUUAGACAUUGGCGACGUAAGGCCCACUACAGUUACGUUACAAUUGGCUGAUCGGUCGAUAACGCAUCUGAAGGGCAAGAUAGAGGAUGUGCUUGUGCAAGUAGACAAAUUUAUUUUUCCAGCUAACUUCAUUAUACUGAACUACGAAGCUAAUACUGAGGUGUCAAUCAUAUUGGGUCGCCCAUUUCUCGCAACUGGGUGUGCGCUAAUCGACAUACAAAAGGGAGAGCUUACUAUAAGGGAAGGACAAUGGCACGAGCUUCAAGAAGGAACUGAAGAAGAAUAUUUUGAGAUUGGCGCAAUGAUGGAGGAAAGUUACGCUACAAUACAGACUUAUCAGGAUUUUGAAUCAAUAAAGUUAUUUGAGCGGUUAACGCAACGAAUUAAGCCAUCUUUGGAGGAACCAACCAUGUUGGAGAUGAAGGCGCUACUAGUGCACCUUAAAUACGUUUACCUUGGAGGCAAUGACACCCUGCCCGUCAUCAUCUCUACCUUACUGAGCAAAUCGAAUAAGGAAGCAUCUAUUCAAGUCCUCAAGAAGUACGCUAAGGCCUUGGGAUGGACCUUAACCGACAUUCGAGGGAUCAGUCCCUCGUAUUUCAUGCACAAGAUUCGUCUUUAA